CUGCAGUGAGCCCAUUAUUGAAACAAGGAAAAGUAAGGCAUUAAUUUAUCAAAUUUCUCUUUAAGAAACAUUGCCUUAAUUGACAACCACCCUUGUAGAGUUGUUGAUCUAACGACUAGGGUAAAGAGGAGGCGGGGACAACUCCCCUCCCCGCCCCCCAACCCCGCCCUUCCCUUUUCUCAGAAAGCAGGCGACUUCAGAGAAACCGGAAACUAAGGGACUGGGAAGUCCCGUUUUCUAACUUAUAACAGCACUUUUUGCCCAGAGACCACUAACGAACACACCGGGCUCGAGUUUUGAUUGGGCCGUUGAAAAACUAAAAUAGCGAGUUAAAGGGGGAGCACCCCGGUGCCUUCUGCCACCCGGCUGGUGGGACUAAGUGCCGCGACUCCUCGCUCGAAGACUUACUUGAGCUCAGUUCUUCGCUGGGCACCGCUGCCAGCUUGGGCGCGGUCAAGGUGGGUAAGGACAGUUAACUGUCUGCAGUGAACGUGAUCUCAGUAACAACGAGAGGAUUUGUGGUCUCAUGCCCAGUUGCAUUGGCUGUGCCCUAAGAGGUCUGGAAUCCCAGACCUUACCCUGACAUUCCAAAAUUAAAAAUUCAGUUUUAUAAGUGGCUCCCAGAAGAUUCACCCCUGCUCACCCCUGUGGGAGCACAGCAGUUGUGGAGGUGGAGCCAGGACCGGAACCAGAACCAGAUAGACUCGAAAAUCUGGACUUUAAAUUCUUAUGUAAGUCAGAGAGGGACUGAUCACAUCUGUGAGACACUGAGGACUUCUAACAUUCACUGAAAACUGAGGACUGGGUCCAAAAAGCACAAUGAGUGCAAGUACAUGCGAUGGUAGAGUGGCGAAUUCUAGACAAGCUCGAGAAUUUUGUACAGCUGGGGGUGGAGGCCCAGCUCCCGAGAUGGUCUUUGAAUCAAAACUGAUAGAACUCGGAAAGAGUGAGGAAGUGGUUGACCUCACCUCUGACUCUCUAGAACCUGCAGUGAUUGACCUAACUGACCAUGACGCUGUUGUGAUUAUUGAGGAAAGGAGGAGACCAAGGAGGAACACAAGGCCAUUGCAAGGACAAGCUGGCAUCUGUGUGGUGAGCAGCGACAAGAAGGGGGUGAUGAGAGACAGAGAUGUAUAUGUGACCAACAGUGCUUCCCACAAUGCCCUGGAAAAAGAAACACUACCUGGUUAUAUCCAGUGCCGGAUUUGUAUGGAUGGGUACUUGGAGAUGGAAUUGAGUAGUCGACACAUCUAUUCUACAGCCUGUGGCCACAUCUUCUGUAGUCAGUGCCUCUGCACUUUCCUUAGAAAUACUAAAAAUUGCCCAGUUUGUUUGAAAAAAAUUGACCGCCGUCGGUACCACCGCAUUUAUAUAUAACGUGUGCUGUGUUGCUCAGGAUAGACAACCCCCUGACUGAAUUUUUCCAUGUCCUUGUGCAGAAACUGUGGAGUUGUUGGUGUUCAAUUCUCUGAGCUCCAAAAGCCUGAUUUUAAAAAUUAUUCUCUGGAGUGCAUGAAAACUCUUUUAUUGUUCACAAAUGACGAGACUGCUUUUUUAUUCUUUUGGCUUCAUGCUUGCAGGCCUGAACUUCUGUUGCUAUAGUGAAUCAGAGACAGGUGGUUGUCCUCAUAGCAAUUUUCCCUUUUUUUCUCAUAGAAAUCAAUUUUUAACUGGUCACAUGUGGGCAUUUUGGAUCAUGUAAAUAAGAGCAACAUCCUAGAUACGGGGGAGCAGGCAAAUGGAAGGAAGCUGGGAGACUGACAACUCUGAAAACCAGAGCCACAAAUAUGAGUUUGGACUUUUAUGAGAUAAAUAAAUAAACUUCAUUCUUGUUUAAGCAAC